AGUCAUAGUGUCUCGCGGGCUCGUAACAAUUUGUGUGCCCACGUGAAUGUACACAUACUCGCUUGUGGCGCAUGGAACAACUUGGAACGGAGGACCAAACGAACAAACGGAGGAACGAGCGAACGAACGGACGCGAAGGCAAGUGGCAAAAGUGGCAAGUGUCUCCUCGUCAGUAGGUGAUUGACCCACUUGGAGAUGGGAGGGAGGAGCAAACGCAUAGGAGGAGUUGGAGUGACAAAAUAGAGAUGGUUAGUGACAACUAGAGAGACACAAGGAGGAAACCCUGAUUCAUCGGGGGAGUCUCCAGGGUCCAGCAUGUCGCCGCGAAGACCCGUUCCCAAUUUGAAGUUGUCCUCCGUGAACAUGGUGGUCCGACUCCUGGCGGGUGCGGCUCUCAGACACGAUCUAGUUUAUAUCGAGGAAACUCUUCGGAUUCUGAUCCAUUUGGGAUUGUUCACCGAUAUUGUAAAUGCCACGUUGAAGCUGCUCAACAUCCGUCGAACGUAUUCAAAGCCCGAUAAGAUGCUUCUUCAUCACAAGCUUCUGAUCAAGACUUUACUGCCCAAGUUACUCAACUGCCAUUUGGUGGCCAUCAACCUGAGAUACGACUUUAUCAAACACUCUUUUGAGGCCAAGGAGAUCAUCCUACGAGGAAUCAGACACUUUCGCAAUCUGGAAAGGAUCGACCUGAGCGGUUUUUGCACCGACGAAUUGGUCACGAAAUUGAGCCGACAUUGCCCUCAUCUGCGCCAUCUCUCGGCUAAUCACAGCAAAGCUCUCAGUAAUUCUGCCUUAAGUGCAUUGACCGGAGCCAUCCGGGAUGGAUCCGAAUUCGUUCUUGGCUGCAAAGAACUGAGAAGACUGGAGAUAUUCAACUGCCCAUUGAUCACGGCCUCAAAACUUGUGAGCCUGAUCUUGAUACUGCCCAAGAUAUCGUUUAUAUCCUCGGAAAAGAUGCCCAUCGCAUUUGAAAGCUCCGCUCUUUUCGAAUCCGGUCAACGGUUUCAGCUCACCAAUUUUGAGCACACUGUGUCUCAUUUGGAGCGUUCCCAGGAGAAGUUCUACCAGCAUCUCACCAGGGGUGAGACGUUUCUCCACAAGGUCAGCGAGAUCUUUCCCAAGAUCCUCACCGUCAAAUUGACCCUGUCCUACUACGGGGACAGUCACGUGGUGUCACAAAUACGAUGUUUUCAGAACAUUCACACUUUGAUACUGGAGUUGCCGGAUGGCCGAUUGGAGGAGAGCUUCCAAGAGCUCUUAAUGGAACGAGGUCACCAAUUGAAGAAAUUGUGUCUGCGCGUUCAGUUUGCCAAUCUGAGGGACUUGACGUCAGUGUUCCAAUUUUGCCCCUCGUUGACCGUGUUCCAGUUCUUCACAAUCACUCUAUUUGAUGAUGGCUUCCAUGGCACCAAAUGGGAGCGAUUCCCGUCGAGUGAGUUCCUCGUCGAGCUUUGUUUGGGUGUGGGCAAGACUUUUUCGAGGAACAUCGAGCUGUUCCCUGCCAUCAUGGAGGAGCUGCUUCUCAAGAUGGCCAAUAUGGAACGUGUUGCCUUAUCAGGAAUCUGUUCCUCGUGGCUGGACGAUAAAAGCAUCGACUUUCUGGUCAUCCAAGGAGGACUUGGGGCCAUUCGAAACCUCUCAAUCAACGGGAAGUGUCCCUUGACCCUCAUCUCCGCCCUAUCAUUGAUUCAACAUUGUCAGAAUUUGGACCAUAUUCCACUCCACGGCUGGAAUUUGAACGUGGAAGACCGAUUGGAGUUGAUAAAUUUUAUCCACGCGAACGACCUAAAUGUGACUAUAUAACGCGAAAUGCAAAAUAACCCCCAUGAUAUUGGUAUAUAUAUAUACGUAUAGAUUUGACUCGUCUUUAUUUCCAUAUUGAAUUAAUAGACAAGAUUGAAGUGAAAUGAGGUCAAUAAAUAUGAUUCUAAACACGA